GACGAAGCGGCUCGGCUGAUCUCAAGACGCUCCGCGAGCUCUCUAAACAAGAACUCCCUUCAAGUCAACAAGCACCAGCGUAGCACAGGAGUGAAAAGAAGAUCACAGCCGUGGUUAGUGGAGCAAGCGAGCCGUCGACAUGGGAGUCCUCGCUGCAUCAGUAUUCUUGGGACUACUCUCCGUCGCCUAUGGCGGUUUCCUGCAUGGCGGAAGUGGCUCCGCCCUUCACGGCGGCGUCGGUGGCAUCGCCGUCCACCAUGCAGCACCAGCCGUGGCUGCUGCGCCAGCUGCCACCUUCGUCCAACAAGCCGCCCCAGCCGCUACUGUCGUGCACCACGCUCCUGCCGUGGCCGCAGCUCCGGCUUUCGUCGCCCCAGCAGCAACGUACACUAGGCCCGCCAGUCUGAACUUCGGCUUUGCCCAGCGCGUUGUCGCCUCGGCGCCGGCCUACACGGCAGCCGCUCCCGCUGUCAGCUACGUUCAGCACUCUGCUCCGGCCGUCACUGUCAGCCGUCCGGCCGUAAGCUACGUCCAACAAGCUGCCCCGGCAGUAGCUGUUAGCCGUCCGGCCGUAAGCUUCGUCCAGCAAGCUGCCCCGGCCAUCACUGUCAGCCGCCCAGCCGUAAGCUACGUCCAACAAGCUGCCCCGGCCAUCACUGUAAGCCGUCCGGCCGUAAGCUACGUCCAACAAGCUGCCCCGGCCAUCACUGUAAGCCGUCCGGCUGUAAGCUACGUCCAACAAGCUGCCCCGACCAUCACUGUCAGCCGUCCGGCCGUAAGCUUCGUCCAGCAAGCUGCCCCGGCAGUAGCUGUUAGCCGUCCUGCAGUCAGUUUUGCCGCUCCUGCCAUCGCCUCCGCUCCGGCAGCAGUCGCCGUCCACCAUGCCCCCGCAAUUUCGUACCGUACAGCUGCAGUGACCGCUCCCGUGGCGUCUUAUGGAGCCGGUCUCGGUUUCGGUCGCACCUUCGCCGCUGCCGCACCAGCUGUCACCGUCAGCCGUCCCGCUGUUAGCUUCGCUGCUCCAGCAGUCGCCGCCGCUCCCGCUGCCGUAACUGUCCAACAGGCUCCUGCCGUUUCUUAUCGCACGGCUGCCGUCGCCGCUCCAGUUGCCACCUUCGGUGCCGGACUCGGAUUCGGUCACACCUUCGCCGCAGCUGCGCCAGCUGUAGCAGUCAGCCGUCCCGCCGUGAGCUUUGCCGCGCCUGCCGUCGCCGCCGCUCCAGCAGCCGUUGCUGUCCACCACGCUCCCGCCGUUUCCUACCGUACCACUACUUCAGUCAGCGCCCCUGUUGCGACUUAUGGAGCCGGUGUCGGUUUCGGACAAACCUUCGCUGCUGCUGCCCCAGCUGUUGCCGUGAGCCGUCCAUCUGUAAGCUUUACUGCUCCAGCAGUCGCCGCCGCUCCAGCUGCUGUCGCCGUACACCAUGCUCCAGCUGUCGCUUACCGCACUGCUGCCGUCGCCGCUCCAGUUGCCACCUUCGGUGCCGGACUCGGAUUCGGUCACACCUUCGCCGCAGCUGCGCCAGCUGUCGCAGUCAGCCGUCCCGCUGUGAGCUUUGCCACACCGGCCGUCGCCGCCGCUCCAGCAGCCGUUGCUGUCCACCAUGCUCCGGCCGUUGCUGCUGCUCCAGCUGUCGCCUACCGUACCGCUGCCGUCGCGGCCCCAGUUGCUACCUUUGGUGCAGGUCUCGGAUUUGGUCAUACCGUCGCCGCUGCUGCGCCAGCUGUAGCUUACUCCCGUCCCGCUGUAAGCUACGCUGCUCCGGCCGUUGCUGCUGCACCAGCUGCUAUCACCGUGCAGCAUGCUCCAGCCGUCGCCUACCGCAGUGCAGCCGUGGCCGCUCCAGUUGCCACCUUUGGAGCCGGCAUCGGUUUCGGCCACACUAUCGCCGCAGCUCCCACCUUCGCGUCUGCCCCAGCAGCCACUGUUGUUCAUCACGCCGCCCCUGCCGUUGCAGUGAGCCGCCCCGCCAUCAGCUUCGCCGCUCCAGCCGUCGCUGCCGCUCCGGCUGCCGUAGCUGUGCACCAGGCACCAGCCGUUGCAUACCGCGCGGCUGCCGUUUCCGCUCCCGUCGCCACGUUCGGAGCAGGUCUUGGCUUCGGGCACAGCUACACUGGUCUUGGAGUUGCCGGUCCAGCCUACUCACGCCAGAUCUCCAUCUCUACUCCAGCGGUUGCCGCUGCCCCAGCCGCAGUAGCAGUCCAUCACGCUGCUCCAGCAGUCGCUGUCCACCACGCUGCUCCAGCCACCGUGGCCGUUCAAGCCGCUCCGGCUGCCGUCGCCUACCGCACCGCCGCCGUUUCCGCACCUGUCGCCACCUACGGAGCUGGACUCGGCUUCGGCCACACUCUGAACGCAGCGCCUGCUGGCGUUCACUACAAGACCAUUGUUGGAGGUGCCGGACUCGGCUUUGGUGCCUCUGCACCCCACGUCAAGAUCAUCAGCCACGUGAAGAAAUAGGUUGUGAUGCGUUCGAGCUCAAUGAGAGGGUCUUUACCUGGGAGGUCUGGGACAACGGCAGCCACCCCUGGCAGUCAUUUCAGCAACAGGCUUAUUUAUUGCUUACGACAGCCAACAAGCUGCCCUUGUCCGUCACCCGGCCCCAAUGCAGGCAAAUGGGUCUGCUGGGACGUGUUGCUCCCGCCCAACGAAAGCAAAAUAAAGCGUUGUUUCGGUUAAAAAACAUCA